GCUCGUCGAUCGGUGACGUCAGCAGCGCUCUGACAGCCGACGUCGCAGCCAUGGAGGAAGUGAGAGUGUUUCCCCUCACCUGUGCCGUGCAAAACUAUGCAUGGGGGAAGGUUGGUGUGGACAGCGAGGUGGCCAAACUGGUGGUUGGUGGAGACCCACUAGCUGUCAUAGAGGCUGGCAAGCCCUAUGCAGAGUUGUGGAUGGGUGCUCACCCAAAAGGUGAUGCCCAGAUUAAAGACAACAGGAUCGCACAGACUACACUGGGACAGUGGAUCGCCCACUUCCCUGCCUGCCUGGGCUCCAAGGUCAAAGACACCUUCCAGGGACAGCUGCCUUUCCUCUUCAAAGUCCUCUCUGUCAACACAGCCUUGUCCAUACAGGCCCACCCCAACAGAGAGUUAGCUGCUCGUCUCCAUGCUCAGUUUCCGGAGCACUAUCCAGACAACAACCACAAGCCGGAGAUGGCCAUCGCUCUUACCCGCUUUCAGGGCCUCUGUGGCUUCAGACCAGUGGAGGAGAUCCUGGGAUACCUUAAAUCUGUCCCAGAGUUCCGAGCUCUGGUGGGAAGUGAGGCAGCGGAGGAGCUGCAAUGCUGCAUGGGAGAUGUGGUUCAGACGAGCCAGGUGCUGAAGAAGUGCUUCACCAGGAUGAUGAACUGUGAGAAGAAGGUGUUCGUAGAUCAGCUCAACAUGCUGGUCAAGAGAGUCACUGAAGAGGGUGCAGCAGGGAAGGACACAUCAAGCAGCAACGGUGACCUGUUGCUCCGCCUUCACUCCCAGUACCCCGGAGACAUCGGCUGCUUCUCCAUCUACUUCCUUAACCACAUGGUCCUGGAACCAGGCCAGGCCAUGUUCCUGGGUGCCAAUGAGCCGCACGCUUACCUUUACGGAGACUGUAUCGAGUGCAUGGCCUGCUCAGACAACACGGUGAGGGCCGGUCUGACACCGAAAUACAUUGAUGUCAACACGCUGUGUGAGAUGCUGAGUUACAGCCCCGCCCCCGCCAGCUCCAAAAUCUUUCCGUGUGUUCAGGACGCUUCAGACCCAUGUGUGUCCCUGUACGACCCCCCAGUGCCAGACUUCACUGUCAUGAGGAUACAGGUCCCAGCCUCAGUGAAGCAGUACACUGUUGCUCCAGUCGACAGUGCCAGCAUCCUCCUGGUCAUUGAGGGUGACGCCACGGCAACCUGUGCCGCUGCCCUUUCCGACAUCACGCUGAGGCGGGGCACCGUCCUGUUUGUCUCGGCCAACGAGAGCGUCUCCCUGCACAUCACUUCUCAGUCGGGGAUGACCAUGUUCCGAGCCUGCUGCCUCCUGUAGCUGUGAGUCUGUGGCUGUGUGUGAAAGCUCAUACUACCUGUGUGUUUUCCUCUGGUUUGACUCAACAAGUCUACACUGUGUUAUGGAUUGAGCCCAAUGAUCUCUGUGCACUUCUUAGUAGGUAGUAUGCUAAAAGAGCUUUCAGACACGGCGUGUCGAUGCUCGUCUGUGCCCGCUGCUCCCCCCCAACCCUAAUUUGACCUGCGGACUGCUCUGCCGCCUCCAGCAGUGUUCUUUCACUUUAAAAUCCAGCAGUGAUCCAUCGCUGUCUUUUUAACUAUCCUGUUUUUUACCUGUAUUGGUGCAAUUACAUCUUAUAGAAAGAGCAGAGCAUACAUACCCAAAUUCCUCUUAGGUACACACAGAUAAUAAAAAGUAAAAUACGUUCACAACACUGAACAGGACACAAUAUAAAAAAGUGCAAAUGACACUGUUAGGAUCCCUGGAUCCUCGAAAGGUUCCUGAUGAGGCUUAUGAUGCAGAUCGACUGAUCAAAAUGUUGCAUGAAAGCUUAUUCUUGACCUUGGAAACCGCAGUUGAGAAAACAAUCUCAUAAGAUCAAUUUAGCUUUAAGCUUUAAUUCUUUUUAAGAAGAAAUUCAAAUGUGAAAAUCUACAAUUCCAUGAAAGACGGCCAGACACUUUUUGCUGAUAAAGGUCAUAAGAUAUGAUUGAGAGCUUAAAUUCAGCUAAUAAAUAAACCUUUUUGUGAGAUUGUUUUCUCUAAGUAUUGUUCAUGUGCAACUUACAGUGUGGGAGUUUUUUUUUACUGGUCUGGGUUUGUGGCAUUCUCCUUUUUAUUCCUAAUACACUUCCAGCUGUAUGUUGUUAUCUUCCAAUGUGAGACAGAGGUAACACACACUAACAGUGAUUUAUUCCAACAGCACUGAAGCAGGGUAGGGGAUAUGUUUACAAUGGUGCAGUACACCACCACUCACUGCUUUGUACAAAUACAGUACCACCUUGUUGAGAAUUGAGAGAGUGUUAAAAGAGCCAGCAGAUUGUCUUUCUCCAGGAUCACUGGUGCAACUUCCUCUUUUAUCAUUUUAGUUUAGCUUGAACAAGUAAAUAUCCUCCUCUGGGAGAAAUACAAUGUUAGUAUAUCAACAGUUGAGAGAAUAUAGUGUUAUACUGAGAUGCCUGUGCAUGUUUGAUUUAGAGCAGUAAUACUGGAGAGGGCCUCGACUGUGAUAAUGGUACGAGCCACCAUCCACAGUGAAGUUGACCCUGGAUAGUUGUACUGCUUUUAACUGUUACCAGCGCAUGUUUAUGGUCUGGAAACUUCUCCUCAAAGUAGUGAACAAUCAUAAAAAGAGAAGAAAGAAAAAAAACAAAACAGGAGCAAUCACAAAGGACCACUAACUAUCUUUGUCCCAUGAAGCAUGGCGACAUGGGAAUCAGGAAUGCAUAUUGAUUAAAACUCCAACAUAUAUGAUUGAAAAUGCACUACUGCUGCUUGUUCCAUACUUAAUACAAUUUGACCCAAGUCGGUUUACACAUCCACGUAUUGUACAGUUGUUCAACAAAAUGCUGCAUUCAAUUUUAUAGCAUUAGAGGAACAAUCGUGUCCGUAUUUGAAGCCAAAUUUUUCAGACUUUGCAUGUUUUGUUGUUUGUACUGAUUCAUCAAUACGUGACAUUACAUACUAAGAGAAUUUAUCCCUGGCUUUAUUAUAAGGUUUUAUCUGUACAUUGUCAUAUAAUGGGGGUGAGUGGCUUAUCUUUACUGUAAAAUCUUUUAUGGUGACCACUUUCCAACACUGUUGAUACAAUAUUGCAACUAGAUUAUUUCAGGAUGGUGCAAACAUCUGCAUAAUAUUCCAGUUCACACCAGGGUCAGUCUGAAUUCAAUCAUGAAGAGGACUUUAUUGUUGCAACAGUUUUUAUAGAUAGUCUUGAAUCAAAUAUUUGAGAACGAAUGCUCUAUCAGCCUGCCAACCUACCACUGAGUGAAUAUUUCUACAUGACUACAGUGAAAUGAGCCAAUGCUAAUGUUUUUACCUACUGACCAUGUUAGCGAUGUAGGUUGAUCUCUGAUAUAGAUGAUGUUUGUGGUUGCUACGACUGUUGAAAAAAGGAAGAAUAUUAAGAGAUUGAAGGGCGUUAAUAGUUAAAAUUACUGCAUCUUUUUGAUUAAAGAACCAUUACCUCAAAUUCAUCCUUCUGUAUCUCUAAAAUUGUAGCAUUUCCAGUUAUUUUUGUCAACAACCUAUUUGCCAUCUUUUCUAAAUGUUUUAAUUUAGUGAGGUAAUCUUGUAGAGGUUAAUGUUUUAAACAGUAUCUGAUUUUAAUUUGUCAUUCAACUAUCACACCUUUGUUACUGAUCUUGUUUUGAGUCACCUUUUACUUUUAAUGCUGUUCGUCCAGGACUUUGCACAGAAAUUAUUUGUUAUUUCUUUUUAGGAUUUUUUCACUUUCAACUCUUGUCCUUCAAAUGCACACAAAUCUGAAGGCCACACUGUUUUACCUUAAUUGUUUUAUUUAACUAUUGUGGGAACAUUACUUGGAAUAUUUUUAGUGAAGGCAUGGUUUAGCAUUUUUGAUCAAUGGUGAUGCUGUAACCUGGGACUGCAGAGAACACGUGUAUGUAAAAGUGGUUUAAUAAAGCCUUGUUCUGUUACUGAA